GGACGCAAUCGUACUUGUAUGUGCUGAAUACAACUGGUGCCUACCCCCCGCCCUGACGAAUCUCAUGGACAACAUUCCCCCACACACUGUGGCAUGGAAGCCAUGUGGAUUUGUUACCUAUGCCAUCGGACCAAUGGGAGGAUCAAGAGCCGCUGUACAGCUUCGGAUAUUUACGGGCGGUAUGGGCAUGAUUGCUGUACCAACGGGUACAGCCAUUCCACAAGCCCACGAAACACUAGAUGAGAGUGGAAACACCGAGGACAAUAAGCUGAAGGAGGAGCUUGAUGUAACGUUAAAACAGGUGUAUUGGGCGGCCAGGGCACUGAAGUCCUACUCUGGGAAUAACCCUGCACCAAACUGGGCGCCAUCAUAGAACUGGCAUUUAAAGAUACUCAAUUCCGAAAAAAGAGAACAACUGUGAAGCUUGCUUAGAAUAUUGUUAUAUUUCAAUUUGUAUAAAUAAAGUAAAAUGAAACCUUUUUUCUUUGGCAUUGCCUUUAAUGAAACGAUGUAUUGUU